AUGACUGCCAACGCAACUAUCUCCGGGGGCACUUUACAUUCAUAUCCUCCGCCCGCUGGAGGCAUCAAGAAUGAACAUGAUGCCCAUGGGUUCCCGAGUCAAUUGACUGAAGGAUAUGACACACGCAUCCAUUCUGCUGUCCACAACCCGGAGUAUGGCGAAGGAAACAGGAAAGCCUAUGUCCCAUUUCCUGUCAACUAUACAAGCCGGUUUCCCAUUUCUCCCCCGCUCUCGCGGGAAGGGACGAGAGCAGACACAAAAGACAAUCUGGUGGCUCCGUCUCAGUACCCGUCAGAAGUGUCACCCUUGGACCAUUCCCACAUGAGUGGUGCUAUGCCGUCCGAGGGGCCAAACGAUGAUGCCUUUGAAGAAUAUUUCAGCGAUUUCAGCGAGCCUCCAAGCAAAAAGCGGAAAACGAAGAAGAAGAAGGGACCACCAGUACUACCUGAACAUUUGUCUCAUUUCAAGUCAACCCUUUCUCAGCUUGCAGAAGCUAAAGGCUACAACCAUGUUUUGCUUGAAGGCGCUGAAAGAUACGUCGCCCGCUCAACCCAGGUACGACUCGAGAACGAUUUGAAACCAGAUGGAACUGCCAAGCGCACUUUGAAUUGUUUCUUUCUUUACCGCCAUACAUAUCACUGUGUUGCCCUUACCCUUAUAGAGAAGCGUGAGCAGGAGGCUUCCCUAAUCUGUGCGGUAUCUUGGCAUCGUGAGUCGCAAAAAUUUCAAGAGAAAUUCGAGAAAUUGGCCAAAAAAGAUUCAGCCAAUCAACUCCUAGCUUUCCCCGACUACAAAUAUGCACCCUCUAAAAGCGGUACAAAGGGCAACAAACUCGUCAAAGACCGAGCUUCUACCAAAACAGGUCGGGUGACGCGCAAUAGGAAACCCGCAUCCAAGGUCAAGGAACUUCGCAACUUCAGCGAAGAGGUCCUCCAGCGGGCCAUCGACGAACAACAGUCUCUCCCAGCCGAAGCCGUUCAUCCUCAGCCUCACUGGGUCUCUGUCGCUGUUGAAGCUUAUCCCGCUCCAUGCCCAGUGGAGUAUGCCGUCUAUCCUGAACCGCAUCUAUAUCACACUCAGGCACACUGCAUAGCAACAUACGACGACGGCUAUCCACAGGGCAGGGCCUCAUCACCGGUUGCUAUCCAUGGUCUAUAUAAGGACACAGAGAACUCCGAUGUGAAUUACAAUGAGGGUUGCAUCGAUCCAGCACUUCUUGGACUUCCAUCUGACGUGGUUGCUUCAUGCCAGCCCGGCGUGGUGUACAACCUAAACAGCUACCCAGUCGGGAUUCAACGACGGUCGCAGCCGGCUCCCAUCGAAAGAUCACGCGCGGAGACAGGCAUACUUAGUUGGGAUUAUGAUGAACAUGCACUGUUUCUCAGUGGAGGGAAGAAGGAUCAUUGUUGGGAGGUCGCGCCACUGGAAGCCGGUGACCUUGUGGCUUGGGCGACCCACGCUGAACCCCAGGAGGUGUAG